AUGAAGGAGGAGCUAUUCAUGAUUGAAAGGAAUGAAACAUGGGAGUUGGUUGAUCGACCCCAAAACAGAAAAGUAAUUGGAGUCAAAUGGGUAUACAAAACCAAGCUUAAUGCUGAUGGCUCAAUCAACAAGUAUAAAGCUAGACUCGUGGUCAAAGGAUAUGUUCAAAUACUCGGUGUGGACUAUUUAGAUACCUUCGCACCAGUCGCUAGACUCGACACUAUCAGGCUUUUACUUGUCGUUGCAGCACAAAAGAAUUGGAAAGAGGAGAUUUAUGUAGAACAACCAGAAGGCUAUGUCAAUGAAGGAGAAGAAGACAAGGUUUAUCUUCUUAAAAAGGCACUUUAUGGAUUGAAGCAAGCUCCAAGAGCUUGCACAAUGGAGCUGACAUUCUUAUCAUCUCACUAUAUGUGGAUGACUUACUUGUGA